UUUAAACAAAUGCCACUGGACGUGAAAAUCAAUUUGGAUAAAGUUUUAAGGAUAACAGUAGUGUUAAUAAGUCUUUCGCCAGAUAAACAGUUAUGUUGGUAACAAUGAUUUCAAUGUAGAUGUAGAAAACAAAAACUUCGGGAAAGCUGCCACAUAUAUGUAGUACAUAUCAACAACCAAGAUGAAAAUGCAAGAAAUGAAAUAAAUCCGAUUGCACUAAAGUGGCAGGUUAAAAAACUUAGAAAACUCAAUUAAGUGUUCCGCGGGAACAAAUUCCGAAGUUGAAGUUCAUGCUAAAAAGAGGGCGCCAUUAAUUUGAGGGAGUAAAUUUACUCAAUAUAAGUAAUAAUUUCCUUAAAUUAUUUUGAAUUUUGUCAGUGCUGUUAAGACAAAGUUAAUUGCUUUCCUGGCAAAUGUGGGCUGUGGCGUCGCAUGAAGACUACUGCUUCUGGUUCUGAGUAGGUUCAAUUUUCGAAUCAACUCGCUCUGACCUCGGAUAAUAAUAUAAAAGUAAUCUCCGUGUAAAACAUUCCACCGCAUAGUAUGGCCUCGGUCGCCGCUUGGCUGCCAUUUGCACGGGCGGCGGCCAUCGGUUGGGUUCCAAUUGCUACUCACCCACUACCGCCACCACCUAUACCAAAGGAUCGUCGCAAAACAGAUGACGAAAAGCUGCUGAUCAAUGUUUCCGGUCGUCGCUUCGAAACAUGGCGAAACACGCUCGAAAAGUACCCCGACACAUUACUGGGUUCUAAUGAGCGUGAAUUUUUCUAUGACGAGGAUUGCAAAGAGUAUUUCUUCGAUAGAGAUCCAGACAUUUUUCGGCAUAUCCUUAACUAUUACCGUACAGGAAAGCUCCAUUACCCAAAACACGAAUGCCUUACCAGUUAUGACGAGGAGUUGGCAUUCUUUGGCAUAAUGCCGGAUGUAAUUGGCGAUUGCUGCUAUGAAGAUUACCGUGAUCGCAAACGUGAGAAUGCCGAACGUUUAAUGGACGAUAAAUUAUCGGAAAAUGGCGAUCAGAAUUUACAACAGUUAACGAAUAUACGACAAAAAAUGUGGCGUGCUUUUGAGAAUCCACACACAUCCACUGCAGCGUUAGUAUUUUACUAUGUAACUGGAUUUUUUAUCGCUGUCUCUGUAAUGGCAAAUGUGGUGGAGACUGUUCCGUGUGGCCAUAGGCCAGGACGAGCAGGUACACUGCCGUGUGGAGAGCGUUAUAAAAUAGUAUUUUUCUGCCUCGACACCGCCUGCGUUAUGAUAUUUACCGCCGAAUAUUUGUUGCGCCUGUUUGCGGCACCAGAUCGCUGCAAGUUUGUGCGCAGUGUUAUGAGUAUUAUUGAUGUUGUUGCCAUACUGCCAUAUUAUAUUGGAUUAGGCAUCACCGAUAACGAUGAUGUGAGCGGUGCCUUUGUAACGUUACGCGUCUUCCGAGUAUUUCGAAUUUUCAAAUUCUCACGGCACUCACAAGGAUUGCGGAUACUUGGUUACACAUUAAAAUCGUGUGCUUCCGAAUUGGGGUUUCUGGUGUUUUCGCUGGCAAUGGCUAUCAUAAUAUUUGCGACUGUUAUGUUUUAUGCAGAGAAGAACGUCAACGGUACGAAUUUCACGUCCAUUCCGGCCGCCUUCUGGUACACUAUAGUAACUAUGACAACGCUUGGUUACGGUGACAUGGUGCCUGAAACUAUUGCUGGAAAAAUUGUAGGAGGAGUUUGUUCGCUCAGCGGAGUCCUUGUGAUCGCUCUACCUGUACCUGUUAUUGUAUCAAACUUUAGCAGAAUAUAUCAUCAAAAUCAACGGGCCGAUAAGCGUAAAGCACAGCGGAAAGCCCGAUUGGCACGAAUACGAAUUGCCAAGGCCUCAUCCGGCGCUGCAUUUGUAAACAAGAAAAAAGCUGCAGAAGCUCGGUGGGCAGCGCAGGAGUCAGGAAUUGAGCUGGAUGAUAACUACCGCGAUGAAGAUAUAUUCGAAUUACAGCAUCAUCAUCUUCUGAGAUGUCUCGAAAAAACAACAGAUCGCGAAUUUGUUGAGCUUGAAAUACCAUACAAUGGUCAACCGAAGCGUACUGGCUCCCCAUCGCCAAUGGCUAGUCCUGCCCAUUCAACAAACAGCGCCGUCGGUCUAAUGCAAUCAUGUUGCGGUCGUUGCUGUUCCCAACGUUACCAGGCUUGCGGAAAGUACCUACCGGCUUCGGGCAAUGCUCAAAAUAAUCAAAACAAUCAGCCCAUGGAUGGUACGUACCUGGUGGAGGCUUCCUUUUAAGGCGUAAUAUACUUACAUAUACUGAUAAAAUGUAAUUACAAAUUGAUAAAGUAUUAAAUAUUACAGCACCGAGUUUAUAACCUAAAAAUA